AUGGAGGCCAGUCAGAACAACUGGCUGAGGACGCGGCACAUCGCCCGCGACGGGGCCCAGCGUGUCUACAUCGAGAUCAAGUUCACCCUCCGAGACUGUAACAGCCUGCCUGGAGUACCCGGCACCUGCAAAGAGGUCCGUCUGCUCAUGGUUUACAUUCUGUCAACAAUUGUUCAGUACUCCUUGCUUCAUGUGUGAUGAAGGUCAUGGUUGACUGAAAUGUCGCAAUGUUUUGAAUCUUGACCUAGAGAGGUGAUCUUUCUGUCAAAUAGUUUUUCCAUAGAGCUACUGCAUAACAAAACAUAAAAUAUUAAUCAAAUGUAAAUGUCAAUUUGUGUGUUUUCCAGACGUUCAACAUGUUCUACUAUGAAUCCAACAACGCCAACCUGUGGUUCAUCAAGGAGAGUCAGUACGUCAAGAUAGACACCAUCGCUGCUGAUGAGAGCUUCACACAGGUCAGUGAAAACACAGACUCCCAAGGUAAAGAUUGCCUCUAACUACAGAUCCAGGAUCAGCGUACCGUUACCUCCAAUCCUAACAUUAACCUCAGAUUGCCCUAACCAUUCUUAUCUUAACCAUUAGGAGGAUGAAAAAAGAUCUGACUCUGGACCUGGAGUUAAGGGCAACUUACAUACUGAGGGCAAAACAAUCCCCGUAAUAAUAAUGACAAUAAAUAUCCUUUCCUACUAGGUCUGUUCUAGCUGAAACAGAACUGUAAAAUAGCCCAAAGUUGUACUAAAUCUGGUUGCUUUCCCUCUCCCUAGGUGGAUGUGGGUGACCGUGUGAUGAAGCUCAACACCGAGGUGCGUGACAUCAGCAACCUGAGUAAGAAGGGGUUCUACCUGGCCUUCCAGGACCUGGGAGCCUGCAUCGCUCUGGUCUCUGUCCGUGUCUUCUACAAGAAGUGUCCCCUCACCGUGCUCAACCUGGCCCAGUUCCCCGACACCGUCACGGGGGGUGACUCGGCCCUGGUGGAGGUCAGAGGGGUGUGUGUGAACGCUUCAGAGGAGUUCGAGGCCCCCAGGAUGUACUGUAGCGCCGACGGGGGCUGGCUAGUGCCCAUCGGGAGGUGUGUGUGCAAGCCGGGGAACGAGGAGCAUAAGGACUUCUGCCAA